ACUUCAACCAAAUAGAAGGGGUCCACUCCUCUCUGUAGGCUUGUUGAAUUGGGUGAACUGUCAAGGUAAUAUGAGUCCCAAAACCCCACUAUAAAAGAACAUCAAAGGCAGCAAGCUUUCUCAUCCAAGAUUUGGUAACUAGCAUUGGCUAUAUACAUACUCCAUCAUGGAGUACUCAUGCUUGUAUCUUCGCAUUUACCUGAUCUUGUGCUGCUUUAAUCUCAUCAUAUUAACUCACUCUUCCUCUUCAAUGCAGCCAUCAUGCCAUGAAAAUGAGAGCAAGGCCUUGCUGCAGUUCAAGCAUAAUUUUGUCAUCGACAAGUUUGCUUCAGUUGACCCUUCUGCUUCUCCAAAACUUGAACCAUGGAAGCUACUUGAUGGAAAGAGCAACGGUUACUGCUCAUGGGAUGGCGUCGAGUGUGACCACGACACCGGUCAUGUGAUUGGCCUCGACCUCAGUAGUAGCUUUCUCUACGGUUCUAUCGACUCCAACAGCAGCCUAUUCACCCUUGUCCACCUUCGCAGCCUAAACCUUGCUGAUAAUACGUUCAACUUCUCCGAAAUACCAUCUAGAAUUGGACAUCUUUCGAGGCUGACAAGUCUCAAUCUAUCUAACUCUGGAUUUUUUGGUCAGAUUCCUUCAGAAAUCUCAUCUCUUUCCAAAUUGGUUAUCCUCGAUCUGUCUACGAAAACUAUUGAUUUGUAUUAUGAAAGUCUUUUGAAACUCGAGAAACCCAAUCUAAGAGACCUAGUUCAAAACCUAACCAACCUGAAGGUACUUGACCUCUCUGAGGUGAACAUAUCUUCUUCGAUUCCAAGUGUUUUGUCAAAUAUAUACUCUCUAACAACUCUUAAUCUUGAAGGAUGUUCAUUGUAUGGUGAAUUUCCAAUGGACAUUUUUCGUCAACCAAAACUGAAGAUUCUUAAUGCAGCUUGGAACAAAAAUCUCACCUGCUCUCUACUUGAAUUUCAAAGCAAUAGUCGCCUUAAGGCAUUGAUAUUCUUCGGCACGUGCUUGUACGGUAAGCUCCCAGAUUCAAUUGGUAGACUUGAAUCCUUACUUUAUUUGGAUUUGAGUCAAACUAGUUUAUCUGGGACGCUUCCAUCUUCUUUGGGCAAUCUAACUCGGCUCACUGUCCUGUCCCUUCAUGCGUGCAAGUUUAGUGGCCAGAUUCCUUCGUCGCUGGCAAAACUAUUACAACUAACUAAGUUUGGAAUUGGCAAUAACGACUUUGAUGCAGGACCACUUCCUUUACCGCCAGGGAAGCUACUCAAACUCACUCUCUUGUGUGUACGCGGAAUGAAUUUACAAGGUAAUUUGCCAACAAAAUACAUUCGUAACUGGAAUGGAAUGAAAAUGAUCAACAAAGAGAAUUUGACAUAUAUGCAUGCAAAUCCAAAAGUUCAACACCAUCCACGUGCCAGUCAACAGGCACUAGACUUCUCAUCAAUAGAUUUCGAUUACAAUUACUCAAUGACAAUGGUCAGCAAAGGGACAGACAGAUUAUACGAGAGGAUUCAAAGUGCCUUGGUGGUUGUUGAUCUCUCAAACAACACAUUUGUUGGGGAUAUCCCAGAAUCCCUUGGAAGUCUCAGUAGGCUUCAAUUGCUAAAUAUUUCCAACAACAAACUUACUAGCGCUAUCCCCACAUCGUUGGCAAAAUUGACAGCAUUGGAGUCAUUGGACCUAUCUCAAAACCUGCUCUCUGGUCACAUCCCCUGGCAACUGACCCAACUUUCCUUUCAAUCUUAAAUGUUUCUCAUAAUCGACUUACUGGCCCUAUACCUCGAGGGAAACAAUUUGAUACAUUCGACAAUAGUUCAUAUGAUGGGAAUUUGGGAUUGUGUGGCAUCCCGUUGUCGAAGUCAUGCAGAAAUUCAAUGACCUCACCACCACCUUCGCCUAUAUUUCGAGGUCACGAUCUUGAGUUUUCGAGUGGUAUUUAUUGGAUGGUCAUAGCAUUGGGAUAUGGAAGUGGGCUAGUAGUUGAGUUGGUUAUGGGGACAACUCUGACAAGGCGGUAUCACGAAUGGUUUGUCAACACCUUUGGGAGGCGGAAGAAAAUUCAAAAGUAGCAGAAAAGCAAGGGCCGAAGAACCUAAUUGUUGGCAACGAAAUUGUGGGUUCUUUCCUCAGUACUACUUUUGUGCUUGUGCUCCCAUCUUGGCUACAAGUUAUGUUAAAUAAAAGGGUCAGGAAUUAAGGAUAUGCAGGUUUUAGCAGUGGAAUACUUGCAGCGUUGUUGGGUUUCUAGAGUGCACAAGAGAGAUCUUCCUGGUGCUUUUGUUCUUGCUCGUUUAGUUGCUACAAGAAAUGAUAACAUG